GGAGAGGGAGGACUUCCGGUGCGGCCCGGCCCGGAGGCCCGGCGGGAUGUUCCGGGGCUUGGGCAGCUGGUUCGGGCUGGAACAGCCGCCGGCGGGCGGGGAACCCUGGAGGGAGCCUCCCCCGCAGCAAGGCGAGGAAGACGAGCGGGAGGAGGAGGAGGAGGAGGAGGAGGAGCGGGAGCGCCAGAGCCACGGGGACCAGGAGCCGCUCCUCCACCAGGCCAGGGGCCUCGGCAAUUACCUGUUUAACUUCGCCUCCGCUGCCACCAAGAAGAUAUCUGAAUCCGUAGCCGAAACAGCCCAGACCAUAAAGAAGACGGUAGAAGAAGGGAAAAUAGACGGCAUCAUCGACAAGACAAUUAUCGGAGACUUUCAGAAGGAACAAAAAAAAUUUGUCCAAGAGCAACAUACCAAAAAAUCAGAAGCAGCAGUGCCUCCUUGGGUCGACAGUAAUGAAGAAGAAACGAUCCAGCAGCAGAUCCUGGCUCUAUCCGCGGACAAGAGAAACUUCCUCCGCGACCCUCCUGCCGGCGUUCAGUUUCAUUUCGACUUCGAUCAGAUGUAUCCCGUCGCCAUGGUAAUGCUCCAAGAAGACGAGCUGCUGAACAGAAUGAGAUUCGAUCUUGUCCCCAAACACGUAAAGGAGGAGGUGUUCUGGAGGAAUUACUUUUAUCGAGUUUCCCUGAUAAAACAAUCCGCGCAGCUUACCGCACUGGCAGCUCAACAGCAGGCGGUAGGAAAAGAGGAGAAGAACAGUGGUAGAGAAGGUGAUUUACAGUUGACAGAGACAGUACGGCCCAAAACACCUCCUGUUGCAAUCAAAUCUCAGCUGAAACCCCAAGAGGAUGAGGAGGAGAUAUCUACGAGUCCAGGUGUAUCUGAAUUUGUGAGCGAUGCUUUCGACGCGUGCGACUUGAACCGGGAAGAUUUGAGGAAGGAAAUGGAGCAACUGGUGCUUGACAAAAAGGAGGAGGAAAUAACCGUAUUGGAAGAAGAACCGGCAGAUUGGGAGAAGGAAUUACAGCAGGAGCUUCAAGAAUACGAAGUGGUGACGGAGUCAGAGAAACGAGACGAAAAGUGGGAUAAGGAAAUCGAGGAGAUGCUUCAAGAAGGAAACUAAUUGUUUCCUCGAAAAGCACCGUAAUCCAUAAACAUUCUUAGCUAACUGACAUGAAAUUCUGCUUGGUCUCUCCACUCAUCACCUCAGAAGGCACAGAAGAUGAUAACCCUCAUUGAAAUUCCACACGGGGAUACAACCGGCGUCUAACGGACCAGCUCAGACUGGGUGGGAAAAUCUUAAAGACUAUAGAUUAUUUCUAAUAAUCAAAAUGGGUAUGUUUUCAAGUAAUCCUUUAUUUUGAAAUAAGCUUGAGGGGGGAUAUUCUAUUCAAAUGUCGUAUGGCUUACCUGUAAAUGUAGCUGAAAUGGAAGUAAAAUUGCCGUCUUUUGAGGCUAAAAGCUGGA